GCGGCGGCGGCGGCCGCGAGCGGGCCGGCGGGCGGCCGGGCGAGCACCCUGGCUGGCGGGGCCCGCAGCGUGCCCCGCGUCCCAUGGAUAUAGCAACAGGUCCCGAGUCGCUGGAGAGGUGCUUCCCUCGCGGGCAGACGGACUGCGCCAAGAUGUUGGACGGCAUCAAGAUGGAGGAACACGCCCUGCGCCCCGGACCCGCCACUCUGGGGGUGCUGCUGGGCUCCGACUGCCCGCAUCCCGCCGUCUGCGAGGGCUGCCAGCGGCCCAUCUCCGACCGCUUCCUGAUGCGAGUCAACGAGUCGUCCUGGCACGAGGAGUGUUUGCAGUGCGCGGCGUGUCAGCAAGCCCUCACCACCAGCUGCUACUUCCGGGAUCGGAAACUCUACUGCAAACAAGACUACCAACAGCUCUUCGCGGCCAAGUGCAGCGGCUGCAUGGAGAAGAUCGCCCCCACGGAGUUCGUGAUGCGGGCGCUGGAGUGCGUGUACCACCUGGGCUGCUUCUGCUGCUGCGUCUGCGAGCGGCAGCUGCGCAAGGGCGACGAGUUUGUGCUCAAGGAGGGCCAGCUGCUGUGCAAGGGGGACUACGAGAAGGAGAAGGACCUGCUCAGCUCUGUGAGCCCCGACGAGUCCGACUCCGUGAAGAGUGAGGACGAGGACGGGGACAUGAAGCCAGCGAAAGGGCAGGGCAGCCAGAGCAAGGGCAGCGGGGACGAUGGGAAGGACCCACGGAGGCCCAAGCGACCCCGGACCAUCCUCACCACCCAGCAGCGAAGAGCCUUCAAGGCCUCCUUCGAGGUCUCCUCCAAGCCCUGCCGGAAGGUCCGGGAGACGCUGGCAGCAGAGACAGGCCUCAGCGUGCGCGUGGUUCAGGUCUGGUUUCAGAACCAAAGAGCAAAGAUGAAGAAGUUGGCGAGGCGGCACCAGCAGCAGCAGGAGCAGCAGAACUCCCAGCGGCUGGGCCAAGAGGUCCUGUCGAGCCGCAUGGAGGGCAUGAUGGCCUCCUACACACCGCUGGCCCCGCCACAGCAGCAGAUCGUGGCCAUGGAGCAGAGCCCCUACGGCAGCAGCGACCCCUUCCAGCAGGGCCUCACGCCGCCCCAAAUGCCAGGUGACCACAUGAACCCCUAUGGGAACGACUCCAUCUUCCACGACAUCGACAGCGAUACCUCCUUAACCAGCCUCAGCGACUGCUUCCUGGGCUCCUCCGACGUGGGCUCCCUGCAGGCCCGCGUGGGGAACCCCAUCGACCGGCUCUACUCCAUGCAGAGUUCCUACUUCGCCUCCUGAGAGCCAGCUGGCUGCACGGACGCUUGGGCACGGGCCCCGGCCCCGCCGCCUGCGCAGACUCUACAGACAGCCAUACGGUGCCGCCUCGGCCAGCCGGGCCUGGCUGGAGCGCCCGCCGGGCGCAGCCGCACGGGCAGACGGGCGCAGCCCGGGCGGGCGCUGCGUCCUGCCCGCAGAGACCGUGCCGCCCCCGGGACCAGGGCUCUCGGACAGCGACUCACCUCCCAGCCCCACCUCGGCCUCCAUUGCCUCCUCUCUCCCCAUCUUUUUUGGGAAGCUUAAAUUCUCUCUAUUUUUUUAAACAUCCUCUCUGUGUCCAGCCAACCUCCGUGGCCCAGGCCUAGGCCAAGGCAGGGCCCCUGUGCGUGCCCCAGGACGACGGUGUGUGGCGCCUGUCACCUGUGAGACGCCGUGCACAUGUACCCAGGGCCAGCGCCCACCGCCCCCUCCUCCCCAGGCAGGCCCGCAGCCCAGGACCACCGCCCCCAGCCAGAGCCUGGAGCAGGGGUGGGAAGAGCCUGCCAGACGCCUUGAGGGGGUCACUGGGGAGCCCAGACCAGCACAGGCAGACGGGUGGGGACAGUGACACGGGUACAGAGGUGUGCA